UAGCCAAACAGCAGAAGGUGGUGUGAGGAUGACUCUGGUGGUGAGGAAGAUGAAAAUGUGCUGUGUGGAUUUAAGGGAGUAAUAGAAACAGGCUUAAAGAGAUCAGGAGGUUUUUCCAGAUGACUUCACAGUGACAUGUUCCACAGGUGGAGGUGGCCAAACAAAAGGCUUGUGAGGACUUGAAUGACAGGUUGGACACAAACGGGGAGGAGGUGGAUCUAAAUUUAAAUAUAAAAGAAGUUCAUUUUUAAAAUUGAUAUAUUUUCUUAAAGAGACAGUGCUUGCAGUUCAUUUUUUAUUUUAUUUUUUAAGCGAUUUUAUAGAUGUUAUAACUGAGCUGAAGUGUUGACAUUUAUUUUGAAAAACAAAAUGAAAUUUAACAUAACUUUUAUAUUUUAUUUUAUAAACGUAUACUAUUUAAAUGUAUAAAAGUGUUUUUUUUCUUCAUCCACACACGAUUGUUGCUAUUUUGAAUACGUUUCAUUUUGUUAUAAAUGUUAAAGUAACGAGUAGACCAGAUUAAUUUUGACCCAAAUCCAGCCCCGUCGGUUGUUUGCGUCAUCACGUCAGAACCCGGAAGUGGCUGAAGAUCCAGUUUUCUGUGGAUUCAGGUUUUCCGGCAGCUCCUCUGUGACUCUGAGGACCUCCUGCUAAAAUGUUGAAGGCAGUAAUUUUAAUCGGAGGACCUCAGAAAGGCACCAGGUUCCGGCCGCUGUCGUUCGAGGUGCCCAAACCGCUGUUCCCUGUAGCCGGAGUCCCCAUGCUUCAGCACCACAUCGAAGCUUGUGCCAAGGUUCCAAAUCUGAAGGAGAUCCUCCUGAUCGGCUUUUAUCAGCCAAACGAAGAACUGAACCGAUUCUUGUUCAAUGCUCAGCAGGAGUUUAAAAUUUCCAUCAGGUACCUGCAGGAGUAUGCGGCGCUGGGAACGGGGGGCGGCAUCUAUCACUUCAGAGACCAGAUUGUGUCUGGGAAUCCGGAGGCGUUCUUUGUGCUGAAUGCCGACGUCUGCUCGGCGUUUCCUCUGACCGAGAUGCUCAGCUUCCAGAAGGAGCACGGAGAGCCCAGCAGCUCCGUGAUUCUCGGAACAACGGCAAACAGGAAGCAGUCCAUGAAUUAUGGCUGUAUUGUGGCCAAUGAGGAGACCAGCGAGGUGCUGCAUUACGUGGAAAAACCAAGCACCUUUGUGAGCGACAUCAUCAACUGUGGUAUCUACCUGUUUAACCCGGAGAUCUUCCAGCACAUCGGAGCGGUUUUCCAGAAGAACCAGCAGGACAUGUUGCUAUAUCCAUUUGAUGGAGAGGAGCCCACCAACGGCUGGCACCGAGCGGAGGUCGUCCGGCUGGAGCAGGACAUUUUCACGGCUCUGGCGGGACAAGGCAAGCUCUACGUCUACAAAACUCUGGGCUUCUGGAGUCAGAUCAAGUCUGCAGGGUCGGCCAUUUAUGCAAGUCGCUUGUAUCUCAACCAGUACCACACCACCCAUCCCGAGCGGCUGGCCUCCAACGAGGAGGGAGGGCCCAAAAUCAGCGGUAAUGUCUACAUUCAUCCCACGGCCAACAUUGAUCCCACUGCUGUGCUGGGACCCAACGUUUCCAUCGGGACCGGAGUCACCAUUGGAGCCGGAGUCCGAGUCCGAGAAUCGAUCAUUCUGCACGGAGCAAACCUGCAGGAUCACUGUUGCGUCCUGAACAGCAUUGUGGGAUGGGACAGUACCAUUGGGAAGUGGUCACGGGUCGAAGGCUCUCCGAGUGACCCCAACCCAAAUGACCCGUUUGCAAAGAUGGAUAGCGAGACGCUCUUCAGAGAUGGAAAACUCACGCCGUCCAUCACCAUUCUGGGUUGUAACGUGUCGAUUCCCUCCGAGGUGAUCAUUCUGAACUCCAUCGUCCUCCCACACAAAGAUCUGAACCGCAGCUUCAAGAACCAGAUCAUCCUCUAGCUCAUCUUCCUCUCCUACCGAUGAAGGACGCUGCUGCCGCCGGCCCGCUUCACUGUUAUUGUACAUAAGAUGAGGCGUAGAAGCCCGUAUCCGAGAGUUUUUGAAGAACUAUUUUUAGGUAUUUGUCCACAGGUUUUGGGUGUUCACACUAAUCAUUCAUGAACUGCAGAUCUCCAUGGAAACGGGUCAAACACGUGUAGCUGGAUAUGUUACUGAGAGAUUUCAAGGUUGUGUUGGACGAUCUGGACUUUCUCUCAAACUGAAGUCAUUACAGAAAUAAAAAUCACUUCCCAACAA